AUGGUUUUCCUUUCCUUUCCAGAGCUGUUUGAGAAGAAGAACUAUGAGCUGAGGAUAGCAGGAGGUGCUGUGAGGGAUUUACUAAGUGGAAUGACACCACAAGAUGUAGAUUUUGCCACUACAGCUACACCAGCAGAGAUGAAGGAGAUGUUCACAUCUGCUGGUGUCCGUCUGAUCAAUAACAAAGGAGAAAAGCAUGGAACCAUUACUGCCAGGCUCCACGAACAGAAUUUUGAAAUUACUACUCUUAGAAUAGAUGUCGUCACCGAUGGACGACACGCAGAAGUUGAAUUCACCACUGACUGGGAAAAGGAUGCCGAAAGGAGGGAUCUGACUGUCAAUUCCAUGUUUUUAGGUUUGGAUGGGCUGCUGUAUGAUUUUUUUAAUGGAUAUGAAGACUUGGAAAAUAAGAAAAUUAGAUUUGUGGGAAAGGCAAAUGAGAGAAUACAAGAAGACUAUUUACGAAUCCUAAGAUAUUUCAGGUUUUAUGGAAGAAUCGCAGAAAAACCUGGUGAUCAUGAACCUAGUACACUGCAAGCAAUUAAAGAAAACGCCAAAGGUUUGGCUGGAAUAUCAGGAGAAAGGAUUUGGGUGGAACUGAAAAAAAUUCUUCUUGGAAACCAUGUAAAUCAUUUGGUUCGCCUCAUGUAUGAGCUGGAUAUUGCCCAAUACAUAGGUCUACCACUUGAUGGAAGUUUAGAGGAAUUUGACAGAGUCACUAAAAAUAUUCAAAAUCUGUGUCCAAAACCGAUGACUGUUCUGACAUCGUUGUUCAAGGUGAAGGAUGAUGUCACAAACCUUGAUCUGAGGCUGAAAAUCUCAAAAGAAGAAAAAAACCUUGGCCUUUUUUUAGUGAAGCACCGGGAAGAGUUAACCAGAGCUCUGGGUCCAGAACCACUUAGACCAUAUCAGGACUUCAUAAUGGAU